AUGGCCGGAUCCCCCCAGGGGCAGAUCUUCGACGUGGUGGCGUUGAAGAGCAGCGAGGUGCCGGCAUCAGUCGACAUCUCGAAAGACCUCGAGACGAACGGCUUGCGGUGCUUGGGCGAGAUGUUCAGCUGCGUGGUGGGGAAGGAGAUGACCGCCGACCAGAUGGGAACGCUGGUCAGAUCUACCUUGUCCUGCCACAAGUCUUCCUCUAAGUUCUGCGGGGAGGAGGCGAGGAAGGCCAUGGAGGCUGCCCUGGCCAACGCCGACCCGGAGCCUCUGCUCAGCGCGGUCCUCCCGCUAGCACUCGACACACACCCCAAGGUGGCCUGCCGAGGGCUGAUGUGCACGGCCGAGUGCUUGUCGCGGCUGCUAGAGGGCAGCGUGGCGGGGCGCGGUCUGGUGGAUGGUGUGGACGUGAAGUCCGUUGUGGCGGCACUGGCCAAGGGGGCCUCGAGCAGGGACUCCGAUGGCAAGGAGGCUGCCUGGAGAGGGGUGGAGAUGGAGGUGGGGUCAAGCGGCGCUGGCGGUGCUGGCGUGUGCGGGUUUGGCGGUGGCAUGUGGACAGGGACGGCUACGCGGGGCGUGGGAGAGCCGUGGACGAAAGACACUGGUUCGGCGGUGUCUUCGGCGACGGGAGCAAGGGGAGGCGAGCGGCCCCGCCCGCUGCAGCCCCGCAAAGGUUCGAGCGGGAAGCAGCAGCAGCAGGAGGAGGAGGAGGGGGAUGUGAAGGUGUCGAGCGUCGGGGCGAGAGGGGAAGAAGGAGCCCGAUGCUGGGAGGACGCGGUGGCGACGACCCCGGCAAAGGGAACGCCCGACCAGUGUCCCGAGAGGCACGUGGAGAGCGAUGACGAGGGCCCGGCGGCAACAGGGGGUGCCGUGAUGCUGGGAGAGCCGAUCACGGACUCCAAGGUUCUGAUGGCCGUGAGGAUGCCCGAAGCGACAGCGUCGGCGGAGGCCGACGUGUCGUGUGGAGGCGGCGCGGGGACGGAGCACGAGGCAUCCGGCGGUUUGGAGAAGGCGUCUGGCGAGGUCCCGGUGUUCGAGGCGACGGCGGCGUCGGGAGGGCUCGUGGUGGAAGUCGACGGUGCUAGACUGCAGGCGAUCGAGGAGGUGUCCUCGGAAGAGAGGCAGAUGGCCGGAGCCCCCCAGGGCGAGAUCUUCGACGUGGUGGCGUUGACGAGCAGCGAGGUGCCGGCAUCGGUCGACGUCUCGAAAGACCUCGAGGCGGUCGGUGGUACAGACGAACGGCUUGCGGUGCUUGGGCGAGAUGUUCAGGUGUCCUCGGAAGAGAGGCAGAUGGCCGGAGCCCCCCAGGGCGAGAUCUUCGACGUGGUGGCGUUGACGAGCAGCGAGGUGCCGGCAUCGGUCGACGUCUCGAAAGACCUCGAGGCCGUGCGCACACAUUCCGGUGUGACCGACUGGGCGAGCUUGUUCGCCGCCGUGAGCUCCGCGAGGACGCUUGUGCUGCACCAUCGCGACAUGUUCGGGGGAGAGGAUGGAGGUCCGGGCUUGAUCGGACGGCUGGUGUCUCUCGUGGCGGACGCUGUGUCCAACAGGCGGUCGGUGGUACAGACGAACGGCUUGCGGUGCUUGGGCGAGAUGUUCAGCUGCGUGGUGGGGAAGGAGAUGACCGCCGACCAGAUGGGAACGCUGGUCAGAUCUACCUUGUCCUGCCACAAGUCUUCCUCUAAGUUCUGCGGGGAGGAGGCGAGGAAGGCCAUGGAGGCUGCCCUGGCCAACGCCGACCCGGAGCCUCUGCUCAGCGCGGUCCUCCCGCUAGCACUCGACAGACACCCCAAGGUGGCCUGCCGAGGGCUGAUGUGCACGGCCGAGUGCUUGUCGCGGCUGCUAGAGGGCAGCGUGGCGGGGCGCGGUCUGGUGGAUGGUGUGGACGUGAAGUCCGUUUUGGCGGCACUGGCCAAGGGGGCCUCGAGCAGGGACUCCGAUGGCAAGGAGGCUGCCUGGAGAGGGGUGGAGAUGUGCCGCAAGGCCUUGGGGGAAGAUGUGUUCGAGGCGACCAUCACCGAACACCUCGACCGGAAGGGAGUGCGGGCCAUUCGCGAUAUGGUGUCCGACAAGGGCCGGAGGAAGAACAGGACUGCUAGAGCAGCAGCUGCGGCAGCGGGGGUAGGCACGGCCACGGCCGGCCGUCCGAGCAUGCGUUUCCGUCUCAGGGUCGCUGACGGCGGUGCUUUCGGCAAGCCUGCAGCAAGUGGUGGUCUGGGUGGGCGGGACGCGCUUCCGACAGCCGGUGAUGGCGGAUGCGGACGCAGGGCCCUUGUCGGGGAGGAGGGAGCGGAGGGUGACCGUAUUCCUGCUUGCGACUCGUCGUCGUGCGAUGGAGAGGCGGGGUUUGGCGCUGCUGGCGUGUACGGCAUCGAUGGUGCCAGCUCAUCGAGGAGGAGGAGAAGGGGCCCGGGAGAGUCGGUUAUCGAGGACAUUGUACCCACGUCGGUGUCGACGGCCGAGGGCACGGCUGGGAUUGGGAACGACGUUUCGACGGAGGGGUUGUCGAUCGGAGGAGAGGGGACUAGGAACUGUGGCAGCCGCACGGGGAGCUGUGACGAAUUAGCCGGAAAGGUCUCAACACCCUUCCUGUGAAGGGGCUCGUGAUGCACGUUUCGACAAGCACGCCGACCAGCUGGGAGCCCGUGCCACUCGCGACCUCUUUUUCACGAAGGAACGGAGAUAGAUGGCGAUAGCAUUGCACAUAUGUAUCGAGAUUGUGCCGGAGGAGGGAGCUACGCUCGUUGCAUCGGAAGAGCUCCGAGCGCGGUGGCCUUGGUUGUUGUUUGGGCUGAUGAUUUUAAGUCGGUGACGCCUGAGAUCCUGUUGAAACCGUGGCGACGGGGUAUGAAAGGAGUGCAGGGACGACAGAUUGUAUAGUAUUAAGGAAUGAUGAAUACACACAAAGAAAGACUACCCAUUCGAGAUAUACCCACAGUCGAACGGAAUGUGAUGGAGUCUUUUCAGUGAGUAUAGUAUGAACGCGAGUGUUGUCACAGUACCGACCACCGUGCAUGAGCUUGGGUUCAUUUUGUCUUUACCUAUUGGUGAAGGAGUACGAAGUGCCACAAUUUCAAUAUUUAAGGUAUUUAAGAACUCGUGCAAGUAUUUAGUUUUAAUAACAUUGUUUGCCCUCUUUGGUACUUGUAGCUGUAGAC